CAGAACACCAACACGACGAGGAAGAGGAACAAACAGGAAGAUGAAGAAGGCAGCUGAUGGUGACAUAUCUUAGCAGGUUCUAUGCUCCAACUACGGACCUCUGAAGAAGAACAAAGUAGUUGUGAAAUUUCCCAGCUCAGACAAGCCGUGUUACAAAACAAUGACAGACUCCUUGAUGAGAUGCUCUGCCAAGAAAUCUAUAAGAAAGUCAUCAACUGCAGAGGAGGCUGGGGCAUUGCAGGCACGCCUCUGCACGCCGCCGUGUCCAAAGGCCAUCUGGGCUGUCUGCAGGUUCUGCUAGCCCACGGCGCCCAGGUAGACUGUGCGGAUGUCAAGGCUCAGACGCCUCUCUUCGCAGCCGUUCGUGGGAAAUACCUGGACUGUGUCUUAGCGCUCCUCAGAGCUGGCGCCAACCCCAACGGGAGCUCAUCCAACAACUGCUCCCCUGUCCUCACUGCGGCUCGGGAAGGAAAUGCAGAGAUAUUACUGGAACUGCUUAAACACGGCGCAGAGGUCAACUCCCGCUCCAAAGUCUUGCUCUGGACUUCCAGUGCAAGGGUGUCCAGCGGGCCGCUGUACCUGGCUGCUGUUUACGGACACAUGGAGUGUUUCAAACUGCUGCUCCUCUACGGCGCAGACCCAGACUACAACUGCACAGAUGCAAAGCUGCUGAGUUCUAUCAAGCAGCCCAAAACUGUGCUGGAGAUGUGCCUCAGGCACGGCUGUGGGGUGGAGUACAUCCAGCUUCUGAUCGACUUCGGUGCAAACGUCUACCUCCCUACGCUGAUCAUCGAGAAGUCCACCAAGCAGAACGAGGCCGUGGAGCUGCUUCUGGAGGAAAGAGGAAAUCCAAAGGCCUUGACUUCACAGUGCCGCCUCGCUGUCCGAAGAUACCUCAAAAAGAUCAACAAGAUCCACUGUAUCGACCAGCUGGAAAUGCCAACAAGUCUAAUCAACUUCCUGCAACACAAGCCAGUCCCAGUCACUGUUCUGUAGCUGCGUGAGCCCGACGCACAUUAUACAGUCAUUUUUAUUUGAGCUAAAGCUUUUGUUUUAUUUGUAGACUAUGGUCUACAUUUAUUCUUUUUUUUUAUUACUUCUGUGUGUUCACAUGCUCUGUUAAGACUGAUUAUUAUAUCAGAGAAUUAAAUGUGUGGAUCAGUGGUGUGUA